UUGAGUGAGAGGCGGUAAAUGGGAGGGGUUGGACCUUCCUACUUCCCCGUCUCCAUUCAAAAGCACAGGGGGCAGCAGCUGAGGAGGGAAAAGAGAAGGAAGUGCACAAGUAGUGGACGUCUGAUUCACACACGAGCGUCAGGGAGUAAAACAGCUGUGACAGUCACAGAGUUACGACGUGUGUUCCUGGCAAGCUGACAAGACAGAUUGAUCGCUCAGACGUGCAGCAAAGAUGGCCUCCAUCGCUCCGUUCAGCCGCAGACAGUGGGCGUCCCAGUCACUGAGGGUCACCGCCAAGGAGCUGUCCAUCGUCUCUACCCGGGGUAAAAACAACGCCAUCGCAGAGCGCUUCUCCAAGUACCAGAUGGCAGCAGAGGAAGGCAAUGCAGAGAAGAAGAAAAUGGUUGCAGAACCUCUACCCUCAACACUGCGCAGCGGGAAUCUGAGUGUUUUAAAGAAACGCUGGGAACAGCAGCAGCCGUCCAGCCACAGAACCCAACCUCAAGCCACGCCCUGCAGCCCUGUUGACCCUCUGACCCACAUCAGUCAAUCAACGAGCCCCAAACCAAGACCUACAUUACAGAUUGAGAACCAGCCCAACACCUUGAAAACCACCACACACUCGCAAGACCAGGAUACAGAGCCGGAGACGCAGAUCCACUCUCAGACCAGCUACAACCAGCUGAUCUCAGCUCAAGCUGAGGAUCUGACCGACAUGGAGGCGAAGCCCAGAAGAGAUGGAGCAGCAGCAGCUGAAGUACCUGACUGUGAGAAGCCCAGUGUUCCUCUCAACAGCCUCAAGAUGAUGUUUGAGAAGGGAGAGAACCUGACGGACAAGGUUUCCAGAGAGCAAACAAGCACAGGAAACGGUAAUAAUACUGCCAACAUGGACCAGCUACUAGGAGAUGGAAGCCUUUCAGAGUCCACUCCUCUCCGGGACCGGAUGGCCCUCUACCAAGCUGCCAUCUCCAAACAGGAAGUCCUUCCCACCUCAGUCAGUAGCGAUCAGCUGGAUAGUUUCUGUGGGAAGCAGAAGGAGAACGUUCCUCCGUGCACUCUGGACCUGAGUCCAGAGCCAGAAGUGAACAGCAGGAAAGGUUUUACCUCCGAGAGCAACGCAGGCUCUGCUACUGGCACGCCUGCAUCCUCCAGUCAGAAAGACUCUUCUCAGCCCAAGACUUCCAAAGGCUUCCGCCUGCCAGUGAGGGAGACCUGCGUGUCGUGUCUGAAGACUGUUUAUCCUCUGGAGAGGCUGGUGGCCAACCAGCACGUCUACCACAGCUCCUGCUUCCGCUGCUCACACUGCAACACCAAACUCAGUUUGGUGAACUACGCCUCCCUGCACAACAACGUGUACUGCAAGCCGCACUUCUCCCAGCUCUUCAAGGCCAAAGGCAACUACGACGAGGGUUUCGGCCACCGGCCCCAUAAGGAGCUGUGGGAGGGCAAAGGGGAGAGUGGUGAGACCUCGCCUCAGGACAAGCCGAAGAUCCCGAGCCCAGCCACGUCCUCAGACUUGGACAGCCCCAGUGUGGAGGACUCCCCGCUGGCUAAAGUCAACGUGCUGACAGCCACUAUGGAGGCUCUGGGACAGGGGUCACCAGAGAAGGCUGACAGACCCACUGAGACCCGCAGGCUGAAAAUCUCCUGGCCACCACGAACAGAGCUGGAGGACUCGUCCGGCCGCAGUGGAGCCACAACAACCACAGACGGGGGCUCAGCCAGUAAGUCCAUCCGAGCCAAGUGGCCCCCAGAGGAGGACUCUCCCUCCUCAGCCCCUGAACAGGCCAGAGAGACACCCUGUCUGCGCCGGAGCUCAUCCCUGAAGGAGCGCAGCUUGCCCUUCACACUGGCAGGACAAGCCGGCAACACUCCUCCUGCUGAAGGCAGGAAACAGUGUCCACCUCCUCAUGUGGAUAACCGGCAGCAGAGUCCUGAACCCUCCUGCAUGGAGGUGCAGCACGACGGUCAGUCGUCAGACAGCCUGACCCCCGUUGAAGACAGCUGUGUGGAUGUUCACACCAGCUCAGGAGAGGAGGAACAGAAAGGGGAGAUGAAGAGCAAAAGUAUGCCGGACCAUCAUCUCACCAAAGAGGAGGACGACAAUCUAGAUGAACAACCAGAGGAGGAGGAGAUGGAAGAUGGAGGCGUGUCGGAGGAGGAGAUGCUGCCCCUGAAACGGCAGGAGACGCCAACAGACAUCUCAUCUCCUGAAGGUGAGGUGGCGGCCAGCCGGUCGUCUCAGGACGUGGGCUUCUGGGACAGCGAGGAGGUGGAUGACAAGGAGGAGGUGGAGCCACAGGAGGUGCUGUCUGUGGAGGAAAUGAUCAAACGAAACCGAUACUACGAGGAUGAAGAGGAGGAAGAGGACGCGUAAACUGAACGAUCUGCUCUUGGCCAACAAGACGGCAGCCAUAGACACUUAGAAAACUUCUUGCCAUUCCUUAUUUUGUUUUGUUUUUUAGAUGUUUUCAUCUCCUCUUCUUAAAAGAGUUGCAGCGGUGUCUAGUGUGAACUCUACUGAACGUUAUUUUGUGCCUCUUUGAACACUUUCUGAAACCUUCAAAGCCAUUCCUACAAGAUAGUUUUUACAAGACUGUUUGAAGAAUGUGUCGCUCUGACAUUGUGCGUUUUUAAAUAUACUAUUUUAAUUGUGAUUUUCUAUUUUCAUUGAAUGCCUCCUAAUCUGGAUUGAUGAGCGCCGGGUUUCAUGGUCCUAUUAUACCAAGAUAUGGGAUUAUUACAGAUAAUGUAGCCUUUGUCACUAAAUGGCCUCUUAAUGGAGUCAUGUUUUAAGAGGAAAGCUAAAAGAAGACAAGCUUAAGGCCUCGCUGUUUUUCAAAAGAAAGUCCAGCACUUUGAUCUGUUUCCAUUUUUCUAAAUAAUGGGUUUGGUUAGUUUUUCAGUUGCCAUUCUGUAUGUACUUAAAAAAAAAACAUACACCUUUUUUGUGUUUUCCAAUUACAAGAGCUACUGGAACUGGAUCAUGUUGUAUUGUGUUUAAACCAAGUGACCAAAUAUCCUAGAUUGCUACUGUUUAAAUAAAUUGUUAUAUACAAAA